AUGCAACCCUCGGAUGCAUUAACUGAGGUGGCAGAGCAACUCCAUGCAGCGCUUGAGUCGGCAGCGCGACAGCUUCGCGCUGGAAGACGUGUCCGGUGUUCUUUGGCGCUUCUUCCAUCUGUUGCGCUGGCGGGAAUGCCGCAUCGAUGGGGUACUGUCGAGGUGAUUCAGCUGCAAGAGGACCUUUUUGAAUUACUGGUCGGCGUUGGCAGUGUGAUGCUGGCGGAGUCGUUUAUGGGACUUCUGAGAAGAUUACAACAUCCUUUCAGGUCGCUGACGGAUGGGGGCGACCCCGCGCCCCCGAUUAUUGGUCCCCUGGUGAAACGACUGCCCCCGGAAGGGGUGUUGGCAGUGUCGCUGCUGCUGCUUCCUGCGCACACGGAUCUCUGGAAUGGACGACGGCGCGGGCUGCGGGAGACAGCCCGCGCCAGUGCUGUAGCUGAGGAGAGGGUUGUGCAUUUCUUGCUGCCACUGCUGUUGCAGGAGAUUCUACUGACAUCUCUCCUCCUGAGCUUCCACUACAAGAAGCAGGAGGUUUGGGUGCACCGCUGGUGGGUGGUGCACCAAAUUUUAACAUUAGACGACUUGGAUUUGGAGGCGUUUCACACGCAUGAUCGCGCUGUGUUGUUUGAAGCUGCAGAUGGGCACCCCAUGAAUUACAACGCCUGGAACUACCGACGACAGGUGUUUGCGUGUCUUUUUAAAAGAGAGAAUAUUACGGAAGGUACCAUCAGGGCGUUGCUGCUGGAGGAGCUAAACGCCGUAGUGGAGUUCUUUGAGCGGCAUAACGGCGACACUUCCGCCACUGUGUACCUAACGUUUCUUCUCGAGCAGGCAACGGCACGGUGGGGCGCCACUGACGAUGGCCACAAAUUUGUUGCCUCACACGUAUGGAGGAGGCUGCUCUCAGUGACUGCGCAGGAGUUGCGGCGACACUACGAUAAGGGACAUGAGGCUGUCUGGGUGCUGCGCCUUGCCCUGAUGCGGUGGGCUUUAUGGGAACGUCCUUCAUGUGGCUGGACGCUCCAAGACGAACUGGAGUUUAUUGACACGUACGCGGCUGUGGCGACAGUGUUGGGGGAGGAGGAGGGUGGAGCGAACAUGAGGCCAGACAUUACAUGGGUAAACGUCUCAGGUUCGUGCUGGUGGACGUCGUACCACGCGGUGCGUUAUGGCGUUCAAUUGUUGAGGAUGCUGUAG